GAAGCCAGCAGGUUGGAGAAGGUGAGCUUCAGAAGCCUUUAGGGGAGCACAGCUUGAGGUGGAAAAAACUCUGAUAUCCAGCGUGUUUCUAUACUCUUAGGAUAAAGCCUAGAUUGUCUGCGAUUCGAAAAAGAUGAGCUUUAUCUCUGUGUCUCCCCUGACUUUGAUUUUGGGCGGCGUAUUGGUCGCAUUUGCAUGCGUCUUAAUGUUCGUCCAUCUCCGAUCAAGAAAGAAGCAAACCUUGAAGACGCUACCCGGCCCCAUAGGGUUACCAGUCAUGGGUUCUUCUCAUAUUGUCGGACGCUAUAAAAAUCAUUGGGAUGCCUUCUCGGCUUUGCGAAAGCAAUAUGGCGAUAUUUAUGGCGUGACACUAGGAAGUCGACGAUGCGUUGUCGUCAGCAACAUAUCUUUGAUCAAAGAAGUCCUAUACGUCAAAAGCAAUGAUUUCGCCAACCGCCCAGAUUUUCUGAGGUUUCAUGCUAUUUUUCGGGGAGACAGGAAUCUAUCUAUUGCACUUUGUGAUUGGUCAGACAAACAAAAAGUACGCAGAGACAUGGCCUAUCCAUUCAUGCAUCCAAAAAUAGCUUUGUCUGAUGGUAAACGAAUGAAUGACAUCAUCAUGUUUGAAUUACAAGAAUUAGUUACCAGAUUGUCCAAAGUUCAGAACCACUCAGUAGAAUCACGACUCUUCCUGAAUAUCACCACAGCCAACAUUUUCUACCAAUACAUUUGCAGCAAACGAUUCUCCGAAACCGACUCCACUUUCCUGAAGACCGUCCAAAUUUAUGAUGCAGUUUUCCGCGAGCUUUUCCAAGGGUAUGCCAUCGAUUUUAUGCCUUGGAUGAAACUUUUCACUGAGCGCAAAUUGCGGGUACUGAAAGAACAAGCCAAGGAAGUCUCCAAGGUCACAGAAGCUGUUCUUAGAGAACAUACCAGCAAUCCCGAUUCACCAGAUCUGAUCGAUAUUUACACAAAUUACUUGAAGGAGAAUGAAGCUGAAGGAAAGUCCCCCUUAACAAAAGAAGACGUAGAAGUUAUCAUCGAAGAUCUGAUUGGAGGCCAUUCCGUUCUGGGCAAUCUGUGGCUGUGGGGACUUUAUCUUCUGGCAGCCAAUCCUGAAGUAUGCAAGAACAUCCGAGAGGAAGUUGCCAGGGUAACUUGCGGAAUGAGAGCUCCCACAAUGGAAGAUCGAAAACAAAUGCCUUAUACCGAAGCAACAACCUUUGAACUUUUGAGAGUUGUCUCAUCCCCUAUCAUACCACAUGUUGCAACAACUGAUACUUCAAUCAGCGGUUACGAAGUUCAAAAAGAUACAAUGGUUAUGUUUAAUACCAACGACAUCAACAUGGACCCUCAACUUUGGCAUGAACCACGAAAAUUCAAUCCAAUGAGGUUCGUAAACAGCCAAGGGAACGUGUUCAAACCCGACCACUUCAUCCCAUUCGGAAUGGGCAAGAGGACUUGCCUCGGGGACGGGCUUGUCAAAGCAACUUUGUUCCUCGGCCUGUCCACUCUGCUCCAGAACUUCGAGAUCUCUCUACCGCAGGGUUUCGCAGAACCAGACAUGUACGGCAUUCCGGGGAUUGUCGUACCAAGAGAAGAAAUCCGUCUGGUCUUCAGGCGGUUGGACAUUGCCAUCAACAUGGCCUGAGUGAAGAGCUCUUUUCUUCCUCAGGCUGAUGGUUCUUCAUCCCACCAAUAUUUGAUGCAUAAAAUCGUCUCCGUUGGGCCGGACUUUGAAAUAGGUCAACUUAUUAAAUUAUUGAAGCUGCACUGCUUAAAAUGUGUGCAGCCUUAUCCUUUUCUUAACAUUUUUUUAAUGGUGGUCUAUAUAUAAAAAAUAUCAUAUUGGAAAUAACGUGUGGAUAUGAAUAUCACUUUCAAAUUUAGGUUAGAAUAUUAAUAUUUGUAAUUUGUACAAAUCUAAAUUAACUGCAAGUAUUAUCACAAGUACUUAUAGAUUAAUUUAGGGAUAGUUUCAAUCGUAUUUUAAAUUUCCAACAACCAUAAAAAUGUCUUUCGAAAAAAAUUUCUUUAAAAAAUUCCUAAUUAAUCAUAAUGCAGCGUCGAUGAUUCGUAAAAUAUCUACUCAAAUGUUCUUGACAAGCUCAUAGAUGAUUGUAAAACUAAUUCAGAAAUUUCUAGAAAGGACUGCAGUUUAUUAUAAUAUUUAUAUCUAAAUCUUUCAGUAAAAAAUGAGAAAUAGUAAACCUAAUUUCCUUUAUAAAUUAUUUUCUUUUUUUUAGAUGUUAUUAAUUUUUUAAAAUGUAACACAGAUAUUUUAUAAUUAUUGCUUUAAAAUAAUAAGCUUAUUGCAAAACCAAAUAUAUAUAUAUUCAUGUAAAUAAAAACUGUAAAAUAAAAUUAAUAUUUUUAUCUUGAAUUUAUUGCGAUUUAAAUAUUAUAUCAGCUAUAAAAUUUAAAAUCUUGAUAAGUCAAUAAAAACGAAUUAUCGGCGCUGUAUUAUGCUUCUUUUUUUCUUUUCGUUUUUAAUAUCUAAUUACUGAAGUUCAUUAAUCUUUCGAACUUAUAGUACUAAACUUUUAAUAAUAUAGAACACCAAUGAAUUUUAAUAACGUGCAUAUAGUUACGUUCUUCUUAAGUUUUUUUUUCUUUACUUUCAUUCAUUGUUCCGGCUCUUGAAUUUGUUUAGUUAUAAUAAAUUCCAUUUUAUGUAUCGAAUUUCGACAGUUGCUGGCAACAGUCUCUUCCACCGAAGUUAGUCAAAAAACUGGAAUUUUCCAAUCUCAGACCCUAAGUCAUGAUUUACUCGUCUUAAUUUUUACAAAAGAUUGUUGACAAUCUCAACAGAACGGACUGAACAGUAAUUGAUUUGUACUGGUAAGGUAUCCCUGAAGGUAUUGACUGCAGAAUGAUGAUAAAGUGAUGCAAAAUUUGAAAAAGAUAAAUGAUCCAGCAAAUUUUGCAUAUAAAAUAUUUUGCUAGUUGCUGCUUAAAUUGAUUCAAUUUAAGAAACUGAAUUUAUAUAGUUGAGUAUUCAUUUUUUUAAAGAAAAAUGUUAGAGAUCCUGAUAGCUUUCCUCUUGUAAUUCUCACAAACUUAAAAAAAUAAUAUACUAAUGCGUAGAGGAUAUUUUAGGCAAGAAAUCAAAAGUUGUUUUGAAAAAAAAUGUUAAAAAUGUGAUUCAUUAUUUAAAAAUAUUUAAUUAUUAAAUUAUAACUGUAUAGUUUAUCCUAAAUUGGUAGGAAAUUGUCGCCAAUUUCUUCAAUUAACGUGUACGCAUGUGCAAAGCAACGUAAAUAGGCAAAUAAAUCAUAUAUCAGUUUUUUUCUCUUUAAAAUAAAACGAACUAUUUUCAGAAGCAAUGAGGCAGUUUUAAUUUUAUUUAGAAAUAAUUCAUUAGAUUAGCAAAAGUAGGAUUUGUGUUUUAACAUAAUCUCUACGCAUUAAUGCUUUUUUAUAUUUCUACAAUAAAUUUGAAAAUUUAUCAGAAUUCAUUAAAAUAUCGGAAGGUUUAACGGAUCUUUUCCUAUAUUAAACAAUUAUCACCAUAUUCCGAGGUGAUACUGUACGACUAUCAAAAAUUCGCGUGAUGAAAUUAUAAUUUAUACUAAUAUGUAUUUAAAUAGAGUUAACAACUUGUAUACUUCUUAACUGUGAGGAAAAAAAAGGCUUAAAAUGUUUGCUGUACAUUUUGUAAUGAAAUCAUUUUUAUUUUAAAAAUAGAAAAUAAAAGUGAUUUCGAUUGCACUAAUAUUGUUUUGUAUGUAUCGAUUCUAUAUUAAAUGUAUCUGAAUAUUGAUAUUUUACAUAUAUAUUGUUUCUAUGCAUUGCUAAUUUUUGCAUACAUACGGUAAAAUAUUUGAAUUAGUAUUAUUUUUAGUAGAAAGAACUGAAAUGUAUUCUAUUUUUUUAAUCAGCAUAGGUAGAAUGUAUGUAUCAUUUGACUAUUGAAAAGGAUUAUUUUUGUAUUUGUAUUUCAAAAUGUGCUAUUUUAUCAUUUGCAAACAUUUUUAUGAUUUUCUUUUUUGUAAAUAAUGUAUAAAAGAAUGUAUCAUUUAUAUGCUUAUUGUACUCACACGUUAUUGUAACGCCUGAAAUAUAUGCUCUAAAAGGCAAAGUUAGAAUAGAUUUUCAAGUUUUUCUCCGUACAGAACUUUUAAAAGAAAACGAAAGUUGGGUUUAGGAAUUAAGGGUAUAUGUGUAGUUUAUAUUUUAUCCAUAUAAUGCUUUUAUGAAUAUUUUAUAUAUUUCUUAAAGAAACAAUAUGGCUAUAUGCAGGCUUAAAAAUCACCAAAACUAUAAACGCAUUUUAGUUCGUGUCUUGUAUGUUCUGUAUCUUUAUGUCACUUUAUUUUUCUUUUUUUAAUUGAUAAAGAUUAAACAUUUAACAAAAAUGAACAACGCUUAACUUCUUUAAAUUUGUUAUCUGGCUAUAAAACUGUGUUGAUUAAAUUAUUUUAGAAAUGAAAUGCAUCGUGUCUACCAGUUCAUUCAAUACAAAAUAGAAAUAUUAAAUCAAUUAUUAAAAAUGCUAUUUAAUUAGGCAAAAUUAAAAAAAAAACUCAAUAAAUUUGCAGGUAAAAGUAUUCAAUCAUAUAUAAAAAUUGCUGGAAAUAUGAUUGUAUAGUUUUGGUGAUAUGAGUGUGUUGCAUAGACUGCUCUAGAUGAAAGAAACGAAAUGCAAAGGUAUGAAUAUAUUGAUCUCAAUAAAUGAGUCUAUUUAUGUAACGUUGCAUUUUUUUACUGAUAAUGCACGAUUUCAAAUCCUACUGUAUUUUGUACAAAUUAUCUGUGCAAUAAAUAAAAACUGUAACUCCGAAA